GUAAUAGUCCGAUUGCAAAACAAAUCAAUAGGGUCUUUGGGGCAAUUAGACCUUCCAUUUGACACUGAUUUUAUGAAAAUCGGUACAGCCAUCUCUGAGAAACAUGAGUGAGAUUAAAAAGUCUUAAGAACACGUUUCUUUUCAUAACUUUUGAACCACAAGUUCAAUCUUUAUGAAAUUAAAAACUUAAGGAUUUUCUAGGUAGCUCGUUCUUUUGAGACCAAAAUUUGUUCAAUUCGGUUGUGUAGUUUCUGAGAUAUUGAUGUUUCAUGAUUUUCACAUUUUUAAACAUAACCUCUAAACUAAAAAUCCGAUUACAAUAAAAUUCAAUGGGGUCUUAUGAGGCAACAAGACCUUUCAUUUGCAAUUAAUUUCAUGAAAAUCGGUCCAGCCAUCUCUGAGAAAAGUGAGUGAGAAUAAAAAUCUGCACAUACACACACACACACACACACACACACACACACACACACACACACACAUACAAACACACAUACAGAAAAUGCUCAGCUCGUUGAGCUGAGUCGAGUGAUAUAUGCCAUUCGGCUCUUUGGAGCACUUUUAUACUUUCGGUUUUGCAAGUGAUUGCUAUACCUUUCUAGGAGAAAGGCAAAAACCGUGAGAAAAUCGAGCGUGAAUUUGGCGAGUAGUGAUAAAAACGACUGUUGAUAAAAGCGAAAAAGCACUGUACUAGCAAUUCGUACUAGCAAUGUACUACGAACAUUCAAGAAAAUAUAACUCGGAACAUUCGGUAUGGACCUAGGCAACGAAAAACGGACCACGAGUGGAAACUCGGUUCCUGGAACUGCAAGUCGCUAAAUGUUGUGGGCGGAGACAGGGUGCUGCUCGAGCAGCUAGAUCCCCGCAAAUUCGGCAUCGUGGCUCUGCAGGAGAUCUGUCGCAAAGGUGAGAAAGUGUGGAAAGUCCGUGGAGGCAAGGCCCAGUUCUACCAAAGCGGUGGAGCAACCAACGAGCUGGGAACGGGUUUUUGUGUAAUAGGCAGAAUGCAGGAUCGCGUGAUCAAUUGGAGGAUUAAAGGUCGUUUCUUCAACUACAGCAUCAUCAACGUGCACUGCCCGCACGAAGGUAGACCUGACGACGAGAAGGAAUCGUUCUACGCGCAGUUGGAGGCAACAUACGACGGCUGCUCGUCACGGGACAUCAAAAUCGUCAUCGGGGAUAUGAACGCCCAGGUUGGUAGGGAAGCGAUGUAUAGACCGGUGAUAGGGCCUCACAGCCUACACACCGACACGAACGACAACGGCCAACGAUGCAUCAACUUCGCAGCUUCCCGAGGCCUAGUGAUUAGAAGCACCUUCUUUCCACGCAAAGAUAUCCACAAAGCCACCUGGAGAUCACCUGACCACCAUACAACAAAUCAAAUUGACCACGUUCUCAUUGAUGGCCGAUUUUUCUCAAACAUUACAAACAUACGCUCCCUCCGGGGUGCGGUAUUCGACUCAGACCACCACCUAGUAGCAGUACAUGUGCGCUGAAAACUAUCCACGGUAUUUCACACGCGUCAGAACCGUCCUCCCUGGCCAAACAUCCGGCAGUUGACCAACCCGCAGGCUGCAGAGAACUACGCGCGCUUACUUGAGGAGGCACUACCUUCCACGGAAGAGCUAUGUGCUUCGACUCUCGACGAUGGAUGGGGGAAGCUACGCUCGGUGUGGUAUCGUCGAGCCGACAAAAUGACUGGUUUGACGGGGAAUGCCAGCAAGCGAUGGAGAGGAAGAAAAGAGCUUGGAAAAAUUAUCUAAGCAUCGCCACAAGAGAGAACGCGGCCAAAUACCGACGAGCACGAAAUGAGUUGACCACGAUUCUGCGGAGGAAGAAGCGCCAGCAGGAGGACAGAGAUCGUGAAGAGCUGGAGCAACUGUUUCGGGCUAACGAGACACGCAAGUUUUUUGAAAAAGUGAACCAAUCCCGUAAAGGCUACACACCGAGUCCAGAUAUGUGUAGGGACGUGGAGGGGAACCUGAUCACAAGCGAGCGCGAGGUGGUUGAUAUGUGGCAGCGGUUCUUCGAUGAGCACCUUAAUAGCGGAGCAACGGAAGGAGGCGGAAGGGAAGUUAUCCUUGGAGUGCCUACAUACGACAGUAGUGUCCCAGUUCCUGAUAUCCUGGAGAUCGAACGGGAAAUUGGGUCACUUAAGAACAACAGAGCCGCCGGCAAGGACAGGCUCCCGGCAGAGCUCUAUAAACACGGAAAAGAGGCUCUAGCAACGGCACUCCACUGGGUAAUCUCUAGGAUUUGGGAGGAAGAGAGACUACCGGAGGAAUGGAUGGAAGGAGUUGUAUGCCCCAUCUAUAAAAAGGCGAUCGGCUACAAUGCAGCAACUACCGCGGCAUUACGCUGAUCAACGCUGCCUACAAAGUCCUCUCCCAGAUCCUUCUCCGCCGUCUAUCUCCUCUAGCGAAAGAAUUCGUAGGGCAGUAUCAAGCGGGCUUCACACAAGCACGCGCUACUACGGAUCAAAUUUUCACUCUCCGGCAGAUCCUUCAGAAAUGCCGGGAGUACAACGUGCCCACACAUCAUGUUUUCGUGGACUUCAAGGCAGCGUAUGAUACAGUCGAUCGAGACCAGGUAUGGCAAAUAAUGCACGACUACGGUUUUCCGGAUAAACUUACACGACUUAUCAAAGCUACCUUAGACCGAGUGAUGUGUUACGUGUGCGUGUCGGGGACACACUCGAAUCUCUUCGAAGCGUGCAGAGGGUUGAGACAAGGAUGAAGAAUUAUCCUCCACAUUGUUCAACAUUGCCCUUGAGGGUGUAAUCCGACGGGCGGGCAUCGAAACGAGAGGCACGAUUUUCGGCAAAAGUAGUCAACUCAUAGGCUUCGCAGACGACCUGGACAUUUUUACAAGAAACUCAGCGACGGCGGAGGCAAUCUACGCCAGACUAAAAGUGGGAGCUAGAAGAGUUGGACUAGAAAUAAAUGCGUCGAAAACCAAGUAUAUGAUAGGAAGAGGCUCGAAAGAAACUAACAUUCGCCUCCCACGGACGGUGGUCAUGGACGGCGACGAACUCGAAGUGGUAGAGGAGUUCGUAUACUUGGGAUCUCUGGUAACCGCCGACAAUAACACAACUAAGGAGGUCCAACGACGUAUUCAAGCUGAAAAUCGAGCCUACUCUGCCCUUCGCAGGACGCUUCGAUCCAGGAGCAUACGCCGCCGCACGAAACUGACGAUGUACAAAACCCUAAUUAGACCCGUAGUUCUCUAUGGACUCGAAACCGUGACGCUGCUCACAAAGGACAUACGCGCACUGGCCGUAUUCGAACGGAAAGUGUUGCGGACAAUAUUUGGUGGAGUACAAACCGAAAGCGGAGAGGGGCGUAGGCGUAUGAACCACGAGCUACAGACACUACUUGGAGAGAUUCCCAUUGCACACCUGACGAAGGUCGGGAGGCUACGAUGGGCCGGGCGUGUCGUGAGGGUGCCGGAUGACUGCGCGGUAAAAUCGGUUCUCUUCAAGGACCCCACCGGCACCAGGAAUAGAGGGGACCAACGUGCUAGAUGGCUUGACCAGGUUGAAGCGGAUCUGCGAGUAUCGAGACGUCUAGGAAAUUGGCGACGAGUAGCCCAGGACCGAGUAGAAUGGAGGAAAAUUCUUGAUACGGCACGAGCCACCCCGGCUCUAGGCUGCUGAAGGAAGGAAGGAAGCAAUUCAUAAUCAGAUGGCGCUACCAGUGACGCCAGUUUUGAACACCAGCGAAAAAAACUCAUUAUAGCAAUAAGGUCACCAUGCGGCGCUAGUGUACAAGCGAUUUAUAACACAAUUCUCUUUGAAAAUUUACACGGAGUUUCCGAUCAAUGUGG